CAAGAGAUGAAUUUCCACUUUUAAGUAUUCCCCGAACUAAAGCUAAAUCAUCUGGCGUCAAUGCCCAACCACUAAUUUGACCGAUAGAUUGUAAUUCUGGACAACGAUCUAUCAAAAGCUAAAAUAAAUAAAUCUUGUUAAGCAAGCCGCUAAAAGAAAAUUCCUUAAUAGAGAAACUUAUCAACCCAAUUAUAAUCAUAAUAAUCAAAAAAUUUUAGUGGACAAUGCAACUAAUACAGAAUGUCAAAAACCAAUGAUGUUAAAUGCUUGGACUCAAACUGAAAGUGAUGAUUUUAAAAUAAAAAUUACUGAAAAUAAUUUGAUUGAUGAUUUACAAGAUCGUAUUCGAAAAUUAGAAGAAAUGUUUAGAUCACAAUCUAUUCAAACAUUGUGCAAUGAAUCACAAUUAAAUCAGUCACAACAGCAACACCAACAGCAUUCUGGCACAUCAAAUUGUAUUAAUGGCAAAACAAUUCAAAAUCAAUCAUACAAGAAAUCACCAUUAAAAUCAAGACAGCCCGGGAAAGCUACAUAUAAAAUAGUUGCUGGUCCAGCAGGUAUGGAAAUUAUUGAACCAAUUGAAGUAGAAUAUGCUGAAGAAGAUGGAACAUAUUUAGAUCAUGAUUUGAAUAAUAGUAGCGAUUCAAAUCGAUUAGAAAUUUGUAUACCAAAGGAAGAAUAUCCGAACAAUGAGGAAAAUCAAUCAAAUAUUGGACAAAUUUCUCAACAUCAGCCUAAUAUUCAAACAUAUACCAUUCAUGAAUAUGCACAGCAAUCAUCAAUUGAACAAAAUCAAGGUAUACAAUUGCCAGGUCCGGCCAACCAACAACAUAUUCAAACAUUACAUAAUACACAUAAUCAACAACCACAACAACAAUCUUCUCAAUUAUAUCAAACACAAAUAAGUGAUACUUAUCAUACCAUUAAUCAUUCACAAAACCAUCAUCAUCAUCAUCAACAACAACAAGCAGAUCAAUCGGUCGAAAAUAAUAAUAGAAAUUUACAAUAUAUUUCGGUGGUACAUUCAAACAUGUUGGGGAAUUCUAAUACUAAUCAUAUUCCACAGCCACAAAAUGUAAUUAUUGCUGCACAACAACAACCAAAUCAGCAAACACAACAACCUUCAAGUAUAAGUCCUUUAUCAAUAGAUUCAGUAAAAUCUAUUCGACAAAAAUCAAAAACUGAUGUACGACAAUAUAUUUCAAGUCAAGAGAAUUUGCACAAUGGUUCUGGACCAGAAAUAAGUAAUGAAGUUACCGUUCCAGCAGUAUCGUCAUCAUUUGAAUAUAAAAAAGAACCAUUUGUUCAUGAAAAUGAAAAUGGUCGACGUUCCAGUGUUGGAUCAAAUUUUAUGCCGCAACAAUUAAAUGAAAUUGAGGUUUCUUUAGGGCCAAAUAAUACAAGAAUACCGGCAGCAGUUUAUGAUUCAAUUGAUUGGGCAUCAGUUACAAGUGCAACACGAAAACUUUUAAUAACGAUAUUUGAUCGCGAAACAUUAGCAACUCAUACAAUGACCGGUAAACCAUCACCAGCAUUCAAAGGACGUGACCUUCCAUCUAAACAUCAACUAAAUCCACAAGCUGUACAAGAUAUCAUAUUUGCUGUAAGUCGAAAAUGUAAUGUAGCUGAAAAAGAAGUUCGAACUGCGAUUACAACAAAAUGUGCAGAUGAAAAUAAAAUGCUAAAACAAAGAGAGAAAAAACGACGAAGUUUACAAGAAUCGAAUAAGGAAAAUUUGAGUAAGACUGGAGCAAUUAAUCGAAAUUAAGAGUUGAA